GCCUUCUGAUUGGUGGAAACCAGCAGGAAGCGAGCUCGGGUUGUGAGAUUUGUCGAGUUAAGGCAGACCAGACUCUACAAACGGGUUGCUGCGAUAGAUGCGCCAUCACUUCAGAUCAUAAAGUACUACUUGUUUCUUUGUGGCCAUCUGCUUGACUGUGGCAAAGUCAGGACAAAUCCGCGUACGUUUCAGCCGCAUUUUAGGAAGAGUCACUUACCCUUACGUUUCCGGAAAUACAGCGUAGAGGGCAUCGGUGUGAGGAUGGCUGCGUACAAGCUUGUCCUGAUCCGCCAUGGAGAGAGCUGUUGGAACCAGGAGAACCGCUUCUGUGGCUGGUUCGACGCGGAUCUGAGUGAGACAGGGGAGCAGGAGGCAAAGAAGGGAGGACAGGCCCUAAAAGAUGCUGGCUAUGAAUUUGACGUUUGCUACACCUCUGUCCUGAAGAGGGCUAUCCGCACCCUGUGGUUUGUUCUGGAUAGCAUCGACCAGAUGUGGCUGCCUGUCAUCCGGACCUGGCGCCUCAAUGAGCGCCACUACGGUGGCCUGACUGGGCUGAACAAGGCUGAAACAGCAGCCAAACAUGGAGAGGCCCAGGUCAAGGUCUGGAGACGCUCUUUUGACAUUCCUCCCCCACCCAUGGAUGAGGGGCAUGACUUCUAUCAGGCCAUAAGCAAGGACCGGCGUUAUGCUGACCUGACGGAGGACCAGCUUCCAUCCUGUGAGAGUCUCAAGGACACCAUUGCCAGGGCACUGCCUUUCUGGAAUGAGGAGAUUGUUCCACAGAUCAAAGAGGGAAAGCGGGUGCUGAUUGCUGCCCACGGCAACAGUCUUCGGGGUAUCGUUAAGCAUCUCGAGGGUAUGUCAGAGGAGGCCAUCAUGGAGCUGAACCUGCCCACUGGCAUCCCCAUUGUCUAUGAGCUGGACAAGAACCUGAAGCCUUUAGGACCCAUGCAGUUCCUGGGAGACGAGGAGACCGUCAGGAAGGCCAUGGAAGCUGUGGCUGCUCAGGGCAAAGUCAAGAAAUAGACUCAUCCUCCCUCUGGGAGCUAGAUUAGAGAUCAGUCAUGUGCUGUUCAGUUAUCAAAUUAAAUUAAAGUCAUUUCCACUUGGUGUCAUCAAACACUUGCACGUACACGCACAAGCACACAGUGUGCACUUUAUUUAAAUAAUUCCCAGCUUCACACAAAUGUACAAUCUGGUCUUUGAUUUGGUUUGUGUCAUAUUGAAACAUACAUUUCAUUAUUAGACAACAGAUAGCUGUAAUAUGGUUUAACCACUGACCAAAAUACAGUUAGAGAGUUAGAGACCAGCAAAUACGAUUAAACAUAGACUAACCCUGUAGAAUCAUUCCAAGUAUUCCUUCCUAUUUACAAUCUAUGUAGGUGAAGCUCAGUGGGAACCUAUAUAUAACCUAUAAAGUAACACUGGUUGUUGUUAAAAGGGCAAGCUGAUGCUGUGCACCGGUGGUUUUUGUUUGCUGUGGCAUUGUGAGAAAAACAAUAAAUGUCAUUAUGUGAUUAAAUUUUUUAUCAGU